AUGUCUGCAUAUUUUCAACUCAUUGACAACUCAGAUGUUGAUCAAGUUGUUGUGCCUGAUGUCAUUGAGUAUAUUCAUUUCUUACAAUUGAAGGUGCAUAAGUAUGAAGGUUCAUUCCAAGGAUGGAACCACGAGCCAGAAAAACUGAUGCCGUGGAGGAAUAAUGACAAGCCAGCAGAGAGUUUUGAAGCUUGUGGCACAAAUAGCGGGUCAGGUCCAUCGCCAACCUUGCUCUUUGCUUCAAAGAUUGAUGAGAAAAAUAUCACUCUCUCCCCACCAAUUACUGGAAGUUCUCAGAAACUAGAACCUGGCUUGAACACAGCAACUCCCUUCAAGAACAUGGAUCAUCCUCCUGGAAUAACAAACAACACUUUUCCAAUUCCUAUUUCUUCAUCGCCAAACUUCUUCCCUCCUAGAAAAAGCAUUGGUCUAGGCGAAAUGCCUCACGUCACACAUAGACUUCCAUCUGAUGCUGGGAAUGGCAUAUACCAACCUUCAGUGGAGUGUCAGACUGUGACUGCUACUAAUGAAAAGUUGAAAGAGAAAGAGCUCGCUAUUGAAGGUGGUGCCAUUAGCACCUCAAGUGUAUACUCAAAAGGGUUGUUGGAUACACUUACACAUGAACUACAGAGUUCGGGAGUGGAUUUGUCACAGGCUAGCAUCUCAGUGCAAAUUGAGCUUCGUAAGCAAGAAAACAUUAUCAGACCAACUAUGCCAAUGUCAAUGGAAGUUUUGCUUGCAAAUGUAAAGGUUGCAAUCAUUGGAGGAGGAUUGAUGGGCUCUGGAAUUCAAACAGCCAAAGAGUGCCCGAAAUCUGGAUGGGUAUCAAUAGAAAUCAACAUUGAUACUGUAGAACUUUGA